UAUAAAAUGGAGGCAAAGGAGUGUCAGAGACACUUAGAAUUGAUUAAUUUUUAAAUGUAUAUGAGAUGGCAUUGAGAAUAAAGUUUUUUGACGUGACAGAAACAAUUUUUAUAUAAAGACUUUUAUUUCUACAACCGAACCGUUUAAUUAAUGCAAGACGGGUAGUUUUGUGUUAAUAUUGAACAUUUGGCGACCGUGACACCCUGGAAUAAUUGUUUUCGAUUGUUGUCUGCGAUAAAUUUGUUCAGGUAUACAUUGACAAUCAUGGAUCAACCCAAAAGGCAUCGUAGAGUACUCCGUACCACCUUCACUAAAUCGGCGAAAGAAUUAGAAGACUUUUUAUCGGCGCCGGAAGGAAAGGCACGUUUAAUCUCUGUAUCGCUGGGUAUUUUGAAACAGAAAUAUGAUGAUCUAAGAAGAAUUGACAGUGAUAUAUACCAGUCUCUAUUGGAAAGUGAUGGAAGUGAAGCAGAAUUGCUGGCAGAGAUGGAUGGUAGUGAAGUUUACAUUAGGAAAUUCACUGACUUGAACGCACAAGCCGAGGAUUUUCUACAGAAGCCGCGAGGAGAGCUAGGUGAAGAGGUAAACUCCGUAGCCUCGGAAAGUAAUGUAGGAGGCAGAUCAGAUGGACGUUAUGAAGUCAGGUUGCCAUGGUUAGAGGGACAUCCAGCGCUGCCUAGCAAUUAUUACAUGGCGAAGAGGAGAUUGGAUAACACAAUGAAGAAAAUCAUUAAGGAUGGUUAUUUCGAGGCGUAUGAUCAAGUAUUUAAAGACUGGCUAACUGACAACAUUAUUGAAGAGGUGUUAGAGGAUCAAGUGAACAAGUCGGCCCAUUAUCUACGGCCAGUGAUUAAACCUAACAGCACAACGACAAAGAUACGACCGGUUUUCGAUGCGUCCGCCAGAGAAAAGGAUAACCCUUCAUUAAACCAAUGUCUAGAAAAGGGGGUUAAUUUAAUUGAACUAAUUCCGGCUAUUUUGUUAAGGUUUAGACAGCAAAGACUUGGUGUAAUUUCUGACAUCAGUAAAGCUUUUCUACAGAUCAGUAUACAUUCGGAGGACAGAGAUUUUCUUAGAUUCUUAUGGUAUGAUAAGGAGAACAACCUCAAAGUGUUUCGUCAUAGACGGGUGGUGUUUGGAAUUACUAGUAGUCCUUUCUUGUUGGGAGCUUCGUUAGAAUAUCAUCUGUCAAAAUUUGUGAAGGAAUAUGACUCGAAAUACGCUUUUGCCAAAGAAACUGCUAAGAAAUUAUCAAACAGCUUUUACGUAGAUAACUGCGUUACUAGUGUUUCUAAUGAAAGAGAAUUGGAAACCUUUAUCAAAGAAGCCAUUAUUAUAAUGACGGAAGGCAAAUUCGACCUCAGAGGGUGGGAGUAUACUCACCAAGUCCAAGAGGAUGCCUCUAACGCUUACGCGGUGGUUCUGGGGGUAAAGUGGGACAAGUUGAAUGAUACUUUAUCUAUAAACCACGAUGACGAAGACAUCAAAUCGCUCUUAAGCAAACCGGUAACUAGAAGAUUAAUGCUGUCACAAGCACAAAGGGUGUUUGAUCCUAUAGGUUAUAGUUGUCCAGUUACAUUGCUCCCAAAGUUGUGGUUACAGAAAACAUGGAAAAAACAAAUGAGGUGGGACGAUAAAGUUGACGAUGAACUGGAAACUCGUUUUCGUAUCUGGGUACAAGAAUCGAUACCUCGUCUGGAGUUGAUGGCCGCAGUAAUUGGUGUUAGAUUAUAUACUACCGUCAAGGAAAGCUUAUACAUGGAGAUGGAACCUUUUUUCUGGAGUGACUCGACAACCGUAUUGUCAUGGGUGAGGAGACCCGAAGAGUGGUCUACAUUUGUCUGGAACCGCGUGUCAGAAAUACGAAAAUUGUCUUGCAGUGAAAAUUGGCACCACGUCCCCGGUAAAUUGAAUCCUGCUGACCUACCUUCACGAGGUUGUUCAGCCAAACAGUUACUUGAGUCAAAAUGGUGGGAGGGACCACAAUGGCUUUAUCAAGACGUAUCUAUUGAUCCUCAAUCAGAUUUAGAUUACAAUGAACAGGAGAUCAAUCAAGAGAGGAAGAAAAAAUUGGUUACGACACUGAUUAAUGACGAGCAACCAAAAAUGUCAUCAAGUGAUUGGCAUUUCGAUUAUUUUUCUCAUUAUCAAAAAACCCUCCGUAUGUGUGCAUGGAUAUUACGAUGCAUUUACAAUUUAAGAAAUAAAGAUCGACUCAAAGGUAACUUGAGUUCUGAAGAAAUUAAACGAGCUGAAAUAUUUGUCCUACGAGUUGUGCAAAAGGAGUCUUUUUCAAAUAAUAACGAUAAGAGACUAUGUGGCAUGGACAUUUAUAAAGACAAAAACGACCUAAUUAGGUUGAAGUCACGGAUUAGUAACCGAAACGAUUGUCAAAAUUUUCUAUUUCCCAUAGUUUUGCCAGCAAGGCAUUUUUUGGUCAAUCAGCUUAUAUUCCAAGAGCAUUUAAGAUCAUGUCAUAGUGGAGCACAGGGACUUAUGAGUCAGUUACGUCAAAGGUAUUGGAUUCUAGGAGGACGACGAACUAUAAAAUCAGCAAUUUCACGUUGUGUAGUGUGCAGGAGACAAAAUGCCAAACCUUUUGUUGUGAGGACACCUCCUUUGCCAGUUGAUCGUGUUCGGGAUGCUAACGCGUUUGAAGUAACGGGUGUGGACUUAGCGGGGCCUUUAUAUCUGAAAACUGGAGAAAAGGUUUGGGUAUGCCUCUUCACGUGUGCCGUAUAUCGUGCUGUACAUCUUGAAAUUUGUACUGCAUUAUCGGUGGUUAGUUUCAUGCAGGCUUUAAGACGGUUUAUUGCCCGACGGGGUCGUCCGAAGACUAUAUAUAGUGACAAUGGGACUAAUUUUGUAGGCACUGAAAAUGCUUUUUCGCGAGUAAACUUUGAAGAAAUCGCAGAGAGCAGUGGUAUUGAACGUAUUCAAUGGCGAUUCAACCCACCUACGGCAGCGUGGUGGGGAGGUUUUUGGGAAAGACUUGUGGGAGUUUUAAAGCAGUUAUUACGCAAAGUGUUGGGACGUUCUUCACUAGACUAUGAAAGUUUAAUGACAGUAAUGUGUGAUUGUGAAGCCGUGAUCAAUUCAAGGCCACUUAUUUGUUCUGAUGAUGCAAAAGAUUUAGUACCUUUAACGCCCAUGAUGUUCCUUAGAGAUCAAGUAGAGAGUGGAGUUUCAGACUGUGAUGAGGUUGAUCAAAAGACUCUAUCUAGGAAAGUUGUGUAUCGGCAAAAAUUGGUUGCUGAUCUUCGACGAAGAUUCCGCAAUGAGUACUUAGGGCAGUUAAAAUUAUGGUUCAAGGGGCGAUGUAACCGACAAGUUAGAGUGGGGGAUAUCGUGUUGGUUGGUAAUGAUAAAGACAAGCGAGUUAACUGGCCGCUUGGUCGAGUGGUAACCCUUCUUCCAGGAAAGGAUGGCAAUAAGCGACUUGUGAGAGUUAUUACCGAAAGGGGACAACUUCUGAGACCUGUACAACGUUUGUACCCUCUGGAGUGCGCCGUCGAUUUUACUCUAAAUGAGGAUAGAACGAAUAACGACUCAGAUAUUUCUUCUCGAAGUCAGUGUGAAAAUAUUGAAGUGCCUAUUUUUGAAAGUGUAAUUGAGGACGAUCACGCGAAAACGGGAGUGUCAAAAAGUAGAGUACCCGAAACGUACAAAAGUGAUAUACGUUACGUUACGCGGAGUGGACGGAAGAUUAAAACACCUUCAAAAUAUUCAGAGUUUUAUAGGAUUUAAAUUAAUUCCUUUUCAUAUGUUAACUUUUAUUUUCUGAUUGUUUGUUCACGGUAUCUCUGAUUUCUUAUGAGCCACAUUUUUGUUAAAAUUUUGCCUCAGGUGGGAGGAUGUCAGAGACACUUAGAAUUGAUUAAUUUUUAAAUGUAUAUGAGAUGGCAUUGAGAAUAAAGUUUUUUGACGUGACAGAAACAAUUUUUA